AUGAUCCUCUAAGACCAAUUCGAAACUAUAGAUUAAUAGUAAUAUAUGGUAUAGGAAGAUAAACAUUGUCCUGAAUUUUUUAGUAAUUUACAGUAUGUUUAAUUUUGGUUAUAUAUACAUGUCUAUCACUCUUCAAAUUAAUUGAGGAUAAUCGUGAACUGGAAAACUCUCUUUAACUAAAAUUAGGAGUAUCACCCUUUCAUAGCAUAAAUAACUAUCUAGAUAAAUUUCAUUUAUAGGUCUAAUAUAAGAAAAUGUUUCUUAAAGUUAUUUGAAUAGUGA